CGGCUGACUCCUCCCUCAAGGGCGGGGACAAGCGGGGCCCAAAAUGGCGGCCGGCCGCUACCGGCGUUUCCUUAAGCUCUGUGAGGAAUGGCCCGUGGACGAGACCAAACGGGGCCGGGACUUGGGCGCUUACCUGCGGCAGCGGGUAGCACAGGCGUUUCGGGAGGGAGAGAACACCCAGCUACGCUCUUCGUCCCGAGAUGCCCGCGAUCUCGUUAGGUGUGAAUGCAAAAUCAGGUCAUUUAAAGCUUGUACACAGGACGUUUCCCCAAGUGCAUGUACUGUCAUGCGGCAAAUGUAUACCCAAACUCAGGAGUGCUCGUGCUGGAGGCCGUGGGUGGCAGAGCCUGAGGCCUGCGACGAGAUGUACGAGAGCUUAGCACGGCUCCACUCCAACUAUUACAAGCACAAGUACCCUCGCCCCCGGGACACGAGCUUCAGUGGCCUGACCUUGGAAGAGUACAAGCUGGUCCUCUCCACAGACGCCCUGGGGGAGCUGAAGGACAUGAAUAAAGGCUUGUGGAAGAAACUGCAGGAGAAGUUCUCCGCCAGGAGUCCCGAGGAGAAGCAGAAGGUCUGGGCUCAGUCCUUAUCUCGCCCGCGGACCUGAGUGGAGUCUGUGUGUUGCCAUCAUAAAUAAAGCUCCCUGACCCCCA